AUGGUGGAGUACUCCAUUAUCUUGCCGACGUAUAAUGAGCGCGACAACCUGCCGCUGGUCAUCUGGCUGAUUGUGAGUGAGCUGCAGAAGGCGGACAUCGGCGAUUGGGAGGUGGUGGUGGUGGACGACAGCAGCCCUGACGGCACGGCAGACGUCUGCAGACAGCUGCAGCGCAUCUACGGCCACCGACACAUCCGUCUGCAUGAGCGGCCCGGCAAGCUGGGCCUCGGCACUGCCUACCGCAGCGGCCUGGAGGUCGCAAAGGGCGCCUUCAUCAUUCUGAUGGACGCCGACCUGUCGCACCACCCCAAGUUCAUCCCCCAGUUCAUCGACAUGCAGCGGACCACACAGGCCGACAUCGUGACGGGGACGCGCUACAAGGGGAGGGGCGGCGGUGUGUAUGGGUGGGACAUGCGGCGCAUCCUCACGAGCCGUGUGGCCAACUACCUGGCGCAGGUGAUGCUCAGCCCCGGUGUGUCGG